UCUGUGCUGAGAUAAUUUGGAUUAAACACGUGGUUGGUAGUUGCCGUGCCAGCGGUUCAAUGAUAGGAAAUUGGUCGCCCACACUUCAAGUGAAAAAUAACUAUUCGCUUGAUGAAUUGAAUACUUCUAUCCAAGUAAUAGUGUAGCACAAUGACAAUCACCAACGCCGAAAUAAACAAUUACAACCAUUUAUCAACCGCGGACUUCGCCUUUGUUAUGCUAAAGAGACGCACCAGACGGUCUAAAUGAAGCGCUUUCUGGUAUUUCACAACAAUUGUCAUUCCAUCAAUGUAGAUACAGCACACACUAAUGAAGAGAUAAGUAAUCAAUCCCACUCCAAGUAAGAAGUGAAUAAUAAUAAUCAGGACGGAUCGUUUUCACGGUUUAAAAUGGUUUCUCUUAAGAUUGCUGUGCCUUCUUCGGGUGGAGGGGAAGGAGACAUGUGAGCAGUUGAAUGUGAAAUAAGCAAGGAGUCGGACCAAACCGCCUGUUUGGAACGAGGAAACUACUUGGAAUAUUACCGGUCGCUCGAGGAUCUUGUUGACUAAUCGGACCAUUUGUGAUUAUGAACAUGAAUACCUUACCGUCAGAGCCCGAUGUUAGAGAGCAUCGUCCACAUGGAAUCCUAGAGAAAUACUUCGGAUGGGUGAUGUACGUGUCCGUGGAGCCCACCAUGUGGCUCUACAUGAUGGCUUACAUGGUGACGUCUGUCGUUGAGCAAGCUUUUUUUGUCCACAAGGCAUGCCGCGUCAACCACGGAUUCUCGGAAGAGGUCUGCAAGAACAUCAGCGCGAAUGAAACUGUUAAGGAUGUAGUGCAGCGCACGGUAUCGAACUUUCACCAAUGGAACAAUAUAGCCGGCCACGUGGUACCAAUAAUUCUGGCCCUGUUCUUCGGGAAUUGGAGCGAUAGGAGGGGCAGAAAAUUGCCACUGGUCAUUGGCCUGCUGGGGAAAGUCAUCUACUCGGGCAUGGUGGUGGUCAAUGCACUGGUGCCAAAAUGGGAUGUAUUCAUGAUUAUUUACACUGCCAGUAUCCCGAUGGGCAUGCUGGGUGGAGACGUCGCAAUAUUUGGAAGUUGCUUCGCUUACAUUUCUGAUGUGUCGUCUGUCCAACGAAGGACGUUUCGAGUUACACUGUUGGAUAUUGUGUAUCUCAGCACAAUGCCGACAGGAAUCGCCCUGGGAUCGUAUCUCUUCACGAGUGUCUUCAACGGCUCUUACGCCAUAAUGUUCAGUAUUAACACAUCUCUAUUGAUUCUGGCCGUCAUCUACUCUCUAAUCGUCCUGAAAUGGCAGACGAAUCCGCGUCAACAACCGCUCAAUGGCAUGAAUCCCUUCACGGACUUCUUCGAUAAAGAGCAUGUAAUUGCUACUGUUAAGACACUGUCCAAGAGACGUCCAAAGUUCUCGAGACUUCAUCUGUGGAUUCUUUUUAUCGCGAUGACGCUCUACACUUUCCAAAGAGAUGAAAAACCAAUGAGCUAUCUGUACACUCAGCGAUUCUUCAAUUGGGGGGUCAAGGACUUCAGCACCUUUAGGACUUUCCAGUCGAGUCUCUUCGUUGCUGCUAUGCUCGUCGGCGCUCCAAUCUUGAGCAGAGUACUUGGCCUGAGGGAUACGUACAUAGUUAUCAUCGGAGCAUUGUCCCAUGCUGGCGGCAGAAUUCUCUUUGCUUCCGCAUUGACGCCCAAUGUAUUCUACGCAGGCGCCGCCGUCGCCGCAUUGGGACCCGUCAUCGCACCUGUUCUACGAUCGAUGACCUCCAAGGUAGUUCCCGUCAAUGAAAGAGGAAAAGUUUUUGCUGUUCUCUCUGUGUGCGAUAAUGCAGUUCCAUUGUUCAGUGGUGUUUUAUACUCCCAACUGUACAAUGUCGCUUAUUACACAGUUCCCAAUGCAAUUUAUUGGCUCACCUUUGCCACGCAAAUUGCCGUUAUGUUUUUAAUAAUUGUUAUCCAUGUAGCUCCUGGAGCUAACGAUCAGGAAAUUGAAGACUAUGAAACUGGUAAUUGGUCGGUUAUAGAUGGACGCCCCAGCAAGCCCAAUAAUGAAGUGGUGAACUCGUAGGGAGUUAUUUUACAUAUCAAAUGUCGAAUGACAGUAUUUUAGGUGAUGUCUAGGAUAGGUUUAAUGUUUUUUUUUUUUUUUUGAGAUUUACUCAAUUGUUAUUGUUCAGGGAAUCAUUAUAUAUA